ACGUUCGUCGUGUGUCAUCUUCACGAGUGUACGCGUCCCGCGCAACGAUCACGUGUCUCACGAUCGAGUUUUACAACGCCGCCGAGCCCGAUCAACACGCGCCCGCUAGUUUAUUUUUUUUCAUCUGAUACAAAAAUAUUGUAUAAUAUUAUUAUUAUUACCGCCAUCGACGUUUAUAUUUCAUACAUCAUUUUUUUUUUUUUUUCAUUUCAUAUUUCGCACAGUCGCCGUGUUUCCGCCGCCGCUGUACGUAAACGCGAACACACACGCACAUGAUAAUAUAAAAUAUUAUUAUAGUGUUAUCAAGACGAUUUUUUUCUCGAUCGCGGAGUAAAUCGGAUUUGUGUGCGGUCUUUCUAGUUGUGCAUUUUUUUGCUCCUCUCUAGUAACAAUACCAUAAUAUCGUAUUAUUAUAAAUAUAAUCCGAUACGACGAGAUAAUAAUAUUAUCGUACCUUACGCGUAGUUGUUGUGACUUUCCGUAAUAAUAAUAUUAUUAUCGACAAUGUACGCCGAACGUCGUGAAGUUUCGUCCCCGUGCUCUCGAAAAUCGCACGUUUUCUGCUGUCACCGGAUUCGUGUCGUCAAUAAAUAACAGGGAAGAAAACCCAGAUUUCAACAGGCCACCACCGUGUUUGUGCGCGUGCGUCAUUUUGCGGUGAUUGAACGUCUGUUCGAUUAGCUGCACGAAUGACUAUGGCUGAGGUGGAAAUGGAGCCGCCGACAGACAGGGCGAGCCGGUCGACGAUCUACAAGACCAACAAUAACCAUCCGCUGGCCACGAACAACAAUAACCACCUACACCACGUUCCCAGCACGCGACCUGUGGUCGUCAAACACAAAAAGCGGAAACGCCUGAACCAAGUGCUGGACAGGUUGGCUGGCCAGGCGACUUCGCCCAACAACAACAACAACAAUAACAACAACAACAAUAACAACAACAACAACAACAACAACAACAACAACAACAACAUCGAUGUCGAUGUCGUCGCCGUGAAAGAAGACGAGUCGACGAUCAAAGACGGUAGUGGAUCGGUGACGGCCGUGGUGGUGGUUGACGGCGGUCACGGCGACUCGGUCGUCACGAACGGCGUCGGGUACGAGAGCGACGAGUCGCUGCGGAGGUCGUCGUGCAAAGACUACGAGGAACCGUUCAGCCCGGCCGGAUCGUCGUCGUGCAACCGGUCGCCGCGUAGCUCGCACACCGACUCACCGUUCAGCCCGAACCGGACGAGACUGGACGACCCACCGGCGCCGCAGCCACCCGUUACCGCGCAAUCGCAGUUUCAUGCACCGCCGACGCUACCGCCGCACCCGCUGCAACACUAUCUCAAGUACCCGAAGUGCGACUGCUUGUUCUGCGGCGGCGACGGCACUUCGCCACCCCGGCACCCACUGCCGCCGAUGCUACCGCCCCUAUCGCAGCAGCACCUGCAGCCCAGGAACGUGCACCAUGCCAAGAACUCACAGCAGCCGCCGGUCACGCCCAUGUCGCCGGCGUCGCUGUUGGCCGGUUCCAUGUACACGUUCGAACACUACCUGCACACCAAAUACCUGCCGGACAUUUUCCGGAAGCGGCGGAGCCAUUCCGACUCCGAUGUUCCUAUGUGGUUUGAAGCGACCAAAGCCGAACACUGCAGCCCCGGAGGAGGUAACGACGACUCGACCGCGUCGACGGCCGCAGCUGUCCGGGUAACCGCGUCGGCCGCGACUGUUGGUCGGAGGGGCAAGAGGCCGUUUUCCGUGCCUCAUCCGCUGGACAAGCCGGCUCGGAAGAGGGGCCCCAACUCCGGGUGCAGGUCGUCCGCGCCGCCACCACCGCCACCCCAACCGCCGCAAGACUCGCCGUUAGACUUGUCAAUGAAGAACGGCGGUUGUUGGCCGUUCACCGCGCCGCCCGAACCGCCGGCGGCCGAACCGUCCACCUGCACCAUUGCCAACGCCGCUUCGACGCCGUCUCCCCCGCUCCCGGCCACCGCCUCUUCCACUACCACUCCGCAGGCCACGUCUGUGCUGUCGGUGGGUUACUACAGCCGGCCGGGGAGUGCGGGUGGAUACACCGUGCCGGUGGUCAAGGGCGACGUGGCGUCGCGCACCACCAAGGCGUCGGUGGCCGUCCGGUACAACCUAGAAGUGUCGCCCGUCGUCGAAGAGAUGCCCGUCGGUUCGGACGUGGCGUACGUGUGUCCCGUGUGCGGACAGAUGUUCAGCCUGCACGACCGGCUGGCCAAGCACAUGGCGUCCCGGCACAAGACCUCGGCGUCGUCGGCGUCGUCGUCGUCGCCCGGCUCCGGGACGGCGGCGUCAUCGUCGUCGGAGAACGGCGGCGACUCGUCCGGCGGCACGGCCAAAGCGUACCCGUGCGAGGUGUGCAACCGGUCGUUCGCGCGGAGCGACAUGCUGACCAGGCACAUGCGGCUGCACACGGGCGUCAAGCCGUACACGUGCCGCGUGUGCGGGCAAGUGUUCUCGCGGUCCGACCACCUGAGCACGCACCAGCGCACGCACACCGGCGAGAAGCCCUACAAAUGUCCGCAAUGUCCGUACGCCGCGUGCCGUCGGGACAUGAUCACCAGGCACAUGCGCACCCACUCCCGGUACGAGAUGGUCUCGUCGUCUUCGGCGUCCGGCGCCGCGGCCAUGGCGGCCGCGCUGGGCCUAGACCCGCCGUCGCCCACCUCGCCCACCGGCGGCCAACUGUUGCUGUCGCCACCGCUCGAGGUCCUCUGCAAAUCCGAACCGCAGUAGUGGUAUGGUGGGUGGACGAUAAUAAUUAUUAUUAUUGGAUUAACGUCACUUUUGUAAAAUGAUAUAUUAAUAGUAAAAUAAU